GCGCCUCCCCGCUGGAUGUGACGUCGGCGCGCCGUGCGGAAGGCGGUGGCGGGGGAAGAUGGCGGCGCAGGAGCCGGGCCGGGAGGCGGCGUUCGCGCGGCGCAUCGACCCGCGGCGGGAGCCGGGGCUGAGCCCCGAGCAGCGGCUGCACAUGGCGCGGGUGGAGCGCGCCCUGCAGCGCCGCCUGCGCGGCCGCAACGUGCUGCUGGCGCUCGGCAUCGGCGCCGUCACGCUCGGAAUCUACGGGUACACCUUCUACUCGGUGUCGCAGGAGCGGUUCCUGGACGAGCUGGAGCAGGAGGCGGAGGCGGCGCGGGCGCGGGCCCGGGCGCGGGCCGAGAGCGCCGGGAGCUGAGCGCGGAGCGGCGGGAGCUGCAGCCCCCGCGGCGCGGGAGCGGGAAGCGCCUGGCCCCGGGUGCGGGGUCCGGGCCCGCCCGGUGCGGUGCAGGGAGACGCGCCGGGGGCUCCCCCGCAGGCAGCCGCCUUUGGCAGGGAGCUGCUCCUGGGAAGGGCAGCGCUGCCCAUCGUGUCCACUAAUAAACACCCCGUCUGGAGCCUG